GUAGCCCACCCCAUGAGGAUUCUCGCAAACUCACGCGCCGUUCCACGGUGCUCUCCACGUCCUCUUCGCUCUCAUCCCUCCGAGAGGCUAUGGCAAGCACCAGCGAGCAAACGCGUCUUUUGAGCCGCAGAGAAGCUUUGAAUGUUGGCGGAUCAAGCUACGGUACUGGACAGCAUGAAGGUGGGGACUCUGAUCCUGAAGCGCAGAAGCGGGACGACGUGCAGAAGUGGACGCGUCGGGUGUUAUACUACAUCCCUUCCACGGCAUGGAUACCCAACUAUUCUUUCUCUUUGCUGGGCGGGGACCUUAUGGCAGGGGCGACGAUGGCUGCCAUGAUUAUACCCGGUUCAAUCAGUUAUGGUAUAUCUCUUGCAAAGUUGGGUCCUACAGCGGGUCUGUUCGCCGCUUCGAUACCUCCCCUGGUAUACAGUUUACUUGGAACGUCGCGUCAAGUCCUCAUAUCACCCGAAGCUGCCCUCAGCUUGCUCGUUGGGCAGGCUGUCUCCGAAGCGAAGAUCAUUUAUCCCAACUUCCCAGACCAGGCCGCCCUCGGCAUCGCAGUUGCGACUGCUAUCACCUUCCAAGUAGGCUUGUUCUCCUUCGUUCUAGGCUUCUUCCGACUGGGCUUUCUUGACGUGGUACUGAGUCGCGCCCUGAUGCGAGGGUUUCUGAGUGCUAUUGCAGUGGUCAUUACAGUCGAGCAAUUCAUCCCAAUGUUCGGUCUGGUGCCUCUUGAACAGGAGCUCAAUCCGCCGGGUACGCUCGACAAAAUUGUAUUCUUCGUCACGUAUGUCUGGGACAACGCGCACAAACCCACAAUGGCUGUCAGCUUCGGAACCCUGGCCGUUCUCGUCGUAUUGAGGGCGAUUAAAGGGCACGCUGCAAAGACCAAGCUCGACUUCAUCACUCGCCUACCCGAAGUUCUUGUUGUGGUCGUUCUGUCUACUUAUUUAUCCGCAAAAUAUCGCUGGGACGAACUCGGUGUUGAAAUUUUAGGCGCAGUGCCUAUCCGCACUGGUGGCAACUUCUUCCAGUUCCCUUUCCAGAGCACGUCCCGCCGUGUCCUGACGGGCACCACCUCCACUGCGAUCUUAAUCACCAUCAUCGGCUUCCUCGACAGUAUCAUCGCCGCAAAGGCUAUGGGUGAAAAGUAUGUUCAUCCGAUCAGCCCUAACCGCGAGCUCGUGGCGCUUGGUGCAUCGAACCUGGCGGGGUCCUUCGUCCCGGGCACACUUCCCGCGUUCGGUUCGAUCGUACGUUCCCGUAUCAACGGCGAGUGCGGCGCUCGCACACCGAUGGCGUCCGCCUUCUGUGCUGUCGUGAUUCUGCUUGCGACGUUCUACCUCCUGCCGUGGCUGUACUUCCUGCCAAAGUGUGUCUUAGCUGCCAUUAUUUGUGUCUUCAUCACGUCCCUCUUCACAGAGAUUCCCGGUGAACUGAAGUUCUACUGGAACAUUCGCGCGUGGACUGACCUCGGCAUGCUGUUCCUUACGUUCUUCCUUUCUGUCAUCUGGGACGUCGAGAUCGGUAUCGUCGUCAGCUUAGUCAUCUCGCUCCUGCUGGUCGUCAACCGUUCGUCCAAGACCCGUCUGACGAUUCUGGGUCGCAUUCCCGGAACCGAUCAGUGGCAAGCCAUAUCUGACAACCCGGAAGCUGAAGAUUUACCAGGCAUCCUAAUCGUCCGCAUCAAAGAAAGUUUGGACUUCGCAAACACUGCUCAGCUUAAGGAGCGCCUCCGUCGCAUUGAAAGCUACGGUAUCGCCAGGACACAUCCAUCCGAAGAACCAACCCGCCCGCCUGCGAGCGCUCUGGUGUUCCACAUGGGCGAUGUAGAGACAAUCGAUGCAUCAGCGAUUCAAACCUUCCAAGAGCUUCUUGAGACGUACCAGACCCGUGGUCUUGGAUUAUACAUCGCGCACCUCCGUCCCGAGCCGCGUGAGCUGUUCGAAAAGGCGGGCAUUUAUAAGCUGCUCGGGCCUGCGGCAUUCUACGAAACCGUGGGCGAAGCCAUGGCCGCUCUGGAGAACGAGCGCCCAUGGGCGCAUGUUAUGUGAGGUCUCGCGCGUACGCCUCAGGACCGAAAGGAACGCCUUUUCAUGACCUCACGACUCUGAACGAUCACGCGGACGUCAUUUUACCCUCAUUGCAUUCACGGAUUCUUGUAGCAUAGUGAUCGCUUUCUUGUAGACAUUGUUUGGGACGACUUUCGGUGGGAUUUCUUGUGUUUGUAUAUACUACCAC